GGGGCGGGCCGGGGCGGAGCGCGGUGGCCCCCGCCGCGCUCGCCGCCGCCGCCGCCGCUGCGCCCCCCGGACGCGCUCGCCGACCCGGGGCCCGCGGACCGCGGACCCGCGGAGGACGCCGGCUGCGCCGGGCCCGAAGCGCGGGGCGUGGGGCGCGGGCGCCCGGGGGUCCCGGCGCGGGGGCGGCGGGCACAGGCGGGGCCGGGCGCGCCGAGGACCCCGGGGCCGGGGCAGUGCCGAGCGCGGCUGCCAUGGGCUCCGUGGGCAGCCAGCGCCUCAAGGAGCCCAGCGUGGCGGGCACGCCGGACAGGGCCGUGGUGACCAGCUUCGGCUUCGACGGCUGCCAGCUGGAGGAGGACGUGGCCGUGCGGACAGCUGGGGGCCAGGACGGCGGGCCCGGGGGUGCCCCGGUUUUCACGGACUCUGCGGUAGGGGAGCCCGUGCCCGACGACCGCUACCACGCCAUCUACUUUGCGAUGCUGCUGGCCGGCGUGGGCUUCCUGCUGCCCUACAACAGCUUCAUCACCGACGUGGAUUACCUGCACCACAAGUACCCAGGGACCUCAAUCGUGUUCGACAUGAGCCUCACCUACAUCCUGGUGGCGCUGGUGGCCGUGCUCCUGAACAACGUGCUGGUGGAGAGACUGAACCUUCACACCAGGAUUACCGCGGGCUACCUCUUGGCCUUGGGCCCCCUCCUCUUUAUCAGCAUCUGUGACGUGUGGCUGCAGCUCUUCUCUCACCACCAGGCUUACGCCAUCAACCUGGCCGCUGUGGGCACCGUGGCCUUAGGCUGCACAGUGCAGCAAUCCAGCUUCUAUGGCUACACGGGGAUGCUGCCCAAGAGGUACACGCAGGGCGUGAUGACCGGGGAGAGCACGGCGGGCGUCAUGGUGUCCCUGAGCCGCAUCCUCACCAAGCUGCUGCUGCCGGACGAGCGGGCCAGCACGCUCAUCUUCUUCCUGGUGUCCGCGGGCCUGGAGCUGCUAUGCUUCCUGCUGCACCUGCUCGUGCGGCGUAGCCGCUUCGUGCUCUACCACACGGCGCGGCCCCGCGACAGCCGCCCCGGCUGCAGGGCCGGCUACCGGGUGCACCACGACGUCGCGGCGGGGGACGUCCACUUCGAGCACCAAGGCCCAGGCCUGGCCAACAGCGGGUCCCCGAAGGACAGCCCGGCCCACGAGGUGACCAGCCACGGCGGGGGGGCCUACACGCGCUUCGAUGUGCCUCGGCUGGGAGUCGCGCGCAGCUGGCCCUCCUUCAGAGCCCUGCUGCUGCACCGCUACGCCGUGGCCCGCGCCAUCUGGGCCGACAUGCUGUCCAUCGCCGUCACCUACUUCAUCACGCUGUGCCUGUUCCCGGGUCUCGAGUCCGAGGUCCGCCACUGCGUCUUGGGCGAGUGGCUGCCCAUCCUCAUCAUGGCCGUGUUCAACCUCUCCGACUUCGUGGGCAAGAUCCUGGCAGCUCUGCCCGUGGACUGGAGGGGCACCCACCUGCUGGCCUGCUCCUGCCUGCGUGUGGUCUUCAUCCCCCUCUUCAUCCUGUGCGUCUACCCCAGCGGCACGCCCGCCCUGCGCCACCCAGCCUGGCCCUGCGUCUUCUCUCUGCUCAUGGGCAUCAGCAACGGCUACUUUGGCAGCGUGCCCAUGAUCCUGGCGGCGGGCAAAGUGAGCCCCAAGCAGCGGGAGCUGGCGGGUCCAGUCUCGUCCGCAGGGAACACCAUGACCGUGUCCUACAUGACGGGGCUGACGCUGGGCUCCGCCGUGGCCUACUGCACCUACAGCCUCACCCGGGACGCCUACAGUACUUGCUUCCGCCCCUCAGCCAACACCUCCGCCGCCGCCGGCCCUUGAGCCGGGCCCGGGCCCCCCCCGCCCCCCCACUCUGGCCUGGACUAGGGGCCCCGAGGCCUGAGGCCCCCUCCCCACCCCUGCCUGCAGUGCCUGCGGGGCCCCGGCCUC